AUGUCAAAUCAAGGCUUUUCCGGCUUCGAUACCGCCGCCAACUUCUCCCACUCCUCUCAGAUGAUGAUGCCACAGCAUUCGGGCGCCGGUCUCUCAAAUCCAUCCAUGGACAUCAAUCCCACUCAACGUUUCAUUCCGUCCAUGCCGCCCAACGCAAUGGAUCCCUCUGCAUCUGCAGCGGCUGCAGCCGCCUAUGGCCAUCUCGGCUUCAACGGUUCCGUCUCGGCACCUGCAUCCAGGCGUCAGUCGCAGAGGACCGUCGAUCCAUCGCAGCCCAAUCAGCAGCAAGACGGCUCCUGGAAUGGUAUGCCCGCCAACAUGCAGGAAUUCAUGCAGGGCGGCGCCGAUGGGAUGGGCAACAUGUCCAUGCAAGCACCUUCCAACAUCAACUUUGGCAACAACAGUAUGAGCGGCUACGAACCCGAAGGUACUGGCUCCAACAGCAGCGAAGAUUCCGCGCAGGGCAAGCGUAGACGCAUGACGUUUGGUGGUGCACCCAUCAACCCAAUACACAUGCAGGGUGGUGCGAACAAGCCCAUGCUGAUGCACAAUGACAGCUCCAGCGGCAUCAGCGACAUGAACAGUAUCGGCUCCACACCCAUGCCUGCUUACACUCAGGAUGGACAGCAGACCAACUUGAUACGUCCGCCUUUCCGCCAUCGCAGGUCCCGCAGCGGAUCCGAGGCGAUGGGGCCAUCUGGUUUUGGGCAGCGCUCCUUCAGCAGCAUCGACGGUGGCGCCCAAGAUCUAUACGGGAGCGGCCUCGCUUACCCGCAGCCGCCGUCCUUGUAUCCGGCAGGUCAGCAGAGCCAUUCGUUUGCUGGGUCACAGGCGUUGGCAGCGAUGGGCGGACAUGCUGCCAGUCAUCCGCCUGGUCUUGGCAGCCAAAUCCUUCGCGGCGUCGAUGUGAGCGCCAGCGGCUCUUCUGCAGCCACCGACUUCACCAAGCGCAAGGGAUGGACCGGCCGCGUCGUCGAAGAGUUGCUCGACUUCGUUCACGUCUUGGAUCCGGAGGGCACCAUCCUCUUCGCCAGUCCCAGCGUUCAAGGCCUCACGGGCUGGAAGAGCGAAGAACUCAAGGGGCGCAAGCUCAUCGAGUUUGUGCACCCCCAGGAUGCUGCUUCGGUGGAGCGUGAAAUCGACAGGAUGCGUAGCAGCAAAGGCGAGCUCUUGACCUACUACCGCUUCAAGACCAAGCCCAAGACCAUCCGUCCACCCAAAAAGGGGGAAAAGACGUCCAAGGACAACGAUUCGUCGGCGGGGGACACCGCUGAGGAGAAGGACAAGAGCAACGAGCGUCGCAACGAGGCCGAGCAUGCCGACGCUUUUACGCGCGACGGCGACUACAUUGUCUUUGAAGCCACAGGCCACCCGUACUUCCCACCAGAGCCCUUGCCCGCUGCUGCCAGCGAUGCAGGCGACGGCGACAAGGACAAGGACGAGCAGCAAAACGAGAAGGGUGCAGGCAACAGCGGUUCCACUGACACACCUGCGGUGAAAUCCGAGAGCAUGGUUGCCAGCCUCUCCACCGGGUCGAAAGCGGCGCAUCCGCUGAGCCAGGAGCAGACGCUGCAGACGCCGACGAGCGACGCCACGAGCAGCUCACGCUCGCAGCUGCAGUGCUUCUUCUGCUCGGCACGCCCUUAUCCGAGCAAGAAUACGAGCAUGCUCGACUCGUUCCUCGAACUCAAGCUCGAGAACGAAAAGCUGCGUCUGCUCAUCGCCGAUAUGGACCUAACGGGUCCCGAAAACGAACACGACCGCAACUCGUUCGCAGCAGCGUACCACCCGGAUCUGCUCAAGCAGGAGCUCGAGAACGAGACGAUGGCAGGCGGAUGGGCGCAUCCGGUCAAUCCCAUGUUUGGCGCUGCCGCCGUCGGCCCCGAUGGACGCAUCUUGCCGACGCAGCCUGUUCAACAAAGACCAGGUCACAGCUCGCGGCAGAACUCGAUCGGGUCGCAUCCCACCAGUCCUCUCAUGCGCGGCAACAGUGCGCGCGACGAUGUGCUGACGGGCCUCGGAGUCUCUGCGGGCGACGACUCGGACGACGAGGCGGCAGGCAUGCUGGGCAACGCCAACGGUGUCGGCGCGGAUGGCACCGGCAAUGCCGCCGACGACGCGCGACGCAAGAAGAAGCCAAAGCAGGACGACGGCGACCACGUCUGCACCGACUGCGGCCGAGUCGACUCGCCCGAAUGGCGCAAAGGACCGCUGGGACCAAAGACGCUCUGCAACGCGUGUGGUCUGCGAUGGGCCAAGAAGAUCAAGCGCAAGGGCGGCGAUCCCAACAUGGCAGCUGGUUCCAUGAUGCCACCCGGCGGAGGCAUGGUCCCGCCGGGCGGUGUCGGAGGUGGUGGUGGGGUGAACGUGGGGAUGGGGUCGCACAUGAUGCCUCACGGACAUUCGAUGCAGCACGGUCAUCCACAUCCCUUCAAUCGAGCCGAUAGCGGUCAGAUGCAAGGCAUCCCGAUGGCGCCGCCCGGCUCGAUGCCACCUGGGAUGAGCAUGCCCGCCAUGAUCAACUCGUCGCCGAAUGGAUUCGGCAAUCGAAGCUCGUUCGACGAGAACCCGCAUCAGCACCAGAGUGGCGGCCUCAACAAUCUCGGCGGCGGCCACAUGUGA